AUGGCUGGAGUUGCAGCCCGCUCGGCUAUUGCGCUAGGACUCAACCAACGUGCUAUUGGUGAUAAAAUCAACGCAAUCUCUAAGGAGACUCGCUGUCGCAUCUGGUGGUCGAUCUUUUCCUUAGAGCAUCAAGUCUCCGUUCUGACUGGCCGAGCUUCUUGUCUGGACUACCGCUCCUGUAGGGUAUAUCCUCCUUCUCCAAUUGAAAUUAAUUACAAUAGAGAGGGCAAACAUUAUGAUGGGCUUAUUGAUGAGGCCUGCAGCCGAGAGUCUCUCCAUUGGACCCUCCACGGAACCCAAAUACAACUGCAACACCGCCUAGAGUGGUUCCAAAGUCUCAAGCCAACCAGAUUUCUUUAUUUCUUCCACCUGAUUGAUCUACAAAUGAUCGCUCAUGCUGUCCUCAAUCAAAUAUACAGCGCGGACGUCUAUCGUGACGGAUGGGAGGAAAUCACUAUCCGAAUGUCCAGUCUCGAAAUGAAAUACGAUCUAUGGCUACGCGACCUUAGAAGGCCAUUCAAUUUUAUGGCCGCAAAUGGCGCAUUUCGAGCGGAAGAGCUAUCUCAGGACCAAUUAGCCCUUGCUUUGAACUACUUUAGUUCAAAAAUUAUCCUACACAGGCCUUGUCAGGCUCCCUUAAAGUUAGGUGAAGUUGAAAAUCAAGUUCCACGGUCCAGUUAUCGCCAAAAAGGGGCUUUGUCUUGUUUGCGCGCUGCUUUAGCGGUAAUAUCUACAUUGCCCGAGAAGCCUGACAUGGAGUGGCUAUACAAAAUGAUGCCGUGGCUAAACAUUCUGCAUUUCAUAGUGCAGGCAGUGGCUGUGCUUCUUAUUCAUAUUACCAUGACCGGUUCCUGGGAAAAGAACGCCGUCAGCCUUAACUGCCCAGAAAAUGAGACAGCGGAAUCGUUUGGGCCCACAGUUACCGAAACCUUCCUUGCAAUAAAAAAGGCCAUGUGUUGGAUUGUGGAAAAGGCCAAUAAAGAUUGCAGUGCUCAACGUGCCCUCAACAUUUGCACAAAGGUUGUCCACCAGUUUGACCCAACCAAUGGCUGGGGCCUUACUGAUAUGCAUUUCCUUCCACGGCCAAACGUCGAAGGCGGGGCUUCUGCCAACUUACUUUCUCUGUUUCCGAUCUCGACAGAACAGUAUUCAAGUACUGAAUGGGGCCCUGACGGGGAGAAGCAUGAGUCCGCAGGAGAGGAAACACCGUUAUUGUCACUGGACCCGAUGUUGUUGGCUACCAGCUACCUUGAUCUCAACAUGAUAUGA